UAUAAAUACACCCAUUACCACAAAUGAUACAUGAACACGAACACGAACACCCUUGUGGCCGCCUUUUAUUACGCCUUUUUCCACUCUCCGCUUUCCACCCUCUUUUUAAAUUCAAUAUUAUUUCUAAUCCCUUCAUUCCAACGCCCAAAUCCACUCCUCCUAUCAAUCUACCGAUUUUCGAUCCUUAAUUUCACGUUUCGUUUCUUUUGUUUCGAUUUCGAGAUUCCCUGUCUUUUGUUGCUUUGGUGAUCACUAAUUAAUUUAUUGGAUGACAACCGGUGGCGCCACCCCCAUAUCCACCACCGGCAGUCCACGAUUCGGGGGUGUAUCAGCCCACCGCCGCCGUGGCUUGGAACAAACAAACGAUGUCGCGGCGGCAUCCACAGACUCCGACGCUGUCAACAACAACGUAAUUGGAAUGGGAAUGGGACACCCCAUUCAUCUUCAUCAACAGCAACAACAGCAACAGGAAAAACACCGGCAUCAGAACAUCAACGACUGUAUAGCGGAAGCUGCCGUUGAUUGUUUUCGUAGCUACACCGCCAACCACAUCCAGGUUCACCAUAACAGUAACAAUAAUAACGUCAACCGAAAAGGGUCGAUUGAGGUUCGUAAUUAUGGAAAGCUAGGGAACAAUCUCCGGCGCACGGUGCUCGGAAUUCUCAUUCUUCUGGUGGGUUUAAGUGUUUUUGUUAAGUUUUCAUACAUGGCCGUAACCAAUGUGGCGGAGAUGGAGGUGGAGGUGGUUGGGAGGAGAGCUUCCAACGCCCAAAUGUUGAUUUUGAGGGACUAUAAACGCGAUAUAAUCAAGGCUCAAAGAGCUUUAGCAGACAUUGUUUCUUCAACAUCUUCCAUGCCCAAAAGGGUGUAUGAGAAGUCCCUUUACAAUCCUGCCCCAGAAAUCUGGAUGAAAUCAAACAGCAGUCGCUAUCAUCAAUGCAUUGCUAGACCUCGGAAUCAAAGCAAGAGCAGCUCCAUAACAAACGGAUAUCUUCUCGUUCAUGCCAACGGCGGAUUGAACCAAAUGAGGACAGGGAUAUGUGACAUGGUGGCUAUCGCCAAGAUGAUGAAUGCCACUCUCGUUCUCCCAUCUCUUGAUCAUCAAUCUUUUUGGACAGAUCCCAGUGAUUUUAAGGACAUUUUUGAUUGGAAACAUUUCAUCAAUGAUUUGAAAGAUGAUGUUCAUAUUGUCGAGUCUUUACCACCAGAAUACGAAACUCAAAAGCCAUUUGACAAGGCUCCAGUUUCGUGGUCAAAGGCAAGUUACUAUAGAGGGGAAAUGAGACAAUUAUUACGAAAACACAAAGUGGUGAAAUUUACUCAUUCCGAUUCAAGGCUGGUCAACAAUGGUCUCCCGUCGUCUUAUCAAAAGCUCAGAUGCCGUGCAAAUUACCAGGCUCUUCGUUACUCAGAUGAGAUCGAAAGCCUCGGUAAAAAACUCGUUGCUAGACUAAGAAGCGAUGAUGAACCCUAUAUCGCUUUACAUUUAAGGUAUGAGAAGGAUAUGCUUGCAUUUACAGGCUGCAGCCAUAACCUAACAACAGAAGAACAUCAAGAACUUGAAACAAUGAGAUAUAAUGUGAAGCAUUGGAAAGAAAAAGACAUCAAUGGCACAGAAAAGAGACAACAGGGAGGGUGUCCAAUGUCACCAAGAGAAGCUGCUUUGUUCCUAAAAGCCAUGGGGUACCCCACAAACACCAAAAUCUACAUAGUUGCUGGUGAAAUCUACGGUAAUAAAAGCAUGGAUGCCUUCAGAAGCGAGUACCCAAACGUCUUUUCACAUUCUACCCUUGCAACCCCAGAAGAGUUAACCACCCUUAAACAUUUUCAAAACCGGUUAGCCGCCCUCGACUACAUCGUUGCACUUAAAAGCGAUGUGUUUGCUUAUUCAUAUGAUGGGAACAUGGCUAAGGCGGUUCAAGGGCACCGCCGGUUCGAGGGUUUCUUGAAAACGAUUAGCCCUGACCGGUUAAACUUUGUCAGAUUGAUUGAUCAGUUUGACAAAGGUGAGAUUUCUUGGGAACUGUUUUGUUCCCAAGUAAAGCUCAUUCAUAAGGACAGGAUCGGUGCACCUUACAAAAGGAGGCCUGGUCCGUCUCCGAAAUUGGAAGAGAGUUUUUAUGCCAACCCUUUUCCCGGGUGUAUUUGUGGUGUUUCAAAGAAGAAAAGCAGUCAUGUACUGCCCGAACAAAAACCGGGCAGUGGGAAUUCGCUUCGGUCACCUAAAUAAUCAUUUUUUGGUGUCGGUUGUACAGUAAUUAACACGCGUAUAGAGGGUAGCCCCGUGACAUAUGAUUAAACGUUGAAAUUUUUUGAAAAAACGUAGAUUUUAGGAACAAGGCGAAUACGGGUUUGGACAGAGAUGAG